UACAGUGAGUGUUGUGUUGUGUUAGUUCCUUGUGUUAUUAUCAUCAUGCCGGCUGCCAAGGUGCUGUCGGUGACUGUUCUGCUGCUGCUAGGCUCCGUGAGAGCCUACUACGACCCUGACUACCCCCAGUACAACAGGCCGCAGUCAGCGCCCUCACCUCACCCACAACAUGCACCUGCACCUGCUCCUGCCCUGCCUCCCUGCGUCCACGGCUACGCAGCCGCCGCCGCCGCCGCCUACUCAGCAGGUCCGGCCUACCACAGUCUCUCAGUGUCCCCGGGGUACGAGAGCUACUCAGCAACUCCCGGUGUCAAAUACUCAUCAGUGACUCCAGGUUACUCCAGUGUGGCCGUCGCUCCUCCUACCCUGGGAGUCGCCUACUCCACUCCUCAGUACUCCGCCCCCAAAGUAGCGUCAUACUCUGUUAGUCCCGCACACUCCUCGUAUUCUGCGUCUGCUGGCUACAAGUAUGAAGCUGCCGCUCCUGCUGUGUCUGCUUACGCUGUUAAGCCCUCUACCAAGUACGUUGCCGCCGCUGCUGUACCGACAGUGAAGUUCCCCACACCCACCUACGCUCCUGCUCCAGCAUACGCACCAGCUCCGGCUUACGCUCCGGCUCCGACAUACAGUGCUCCCGCUAAGGCUUCUUACUCUGCAGGAAGCUCUUACUCAGCUGGAAGCUCCUACUCCGCUGGAGGUUACUCGUCCGGUGGCUACUCUUACCCUGCUCCUGCAGCGUCUUACUCCGCCGGUCCUUCUGUGAAGUACACCGCCUCUGCUCCUUCUUACUCAUCUUACUCCGCUGGACCUGCUGUCAAAUACUCUUCAUCAGCUCCGUCAUACUCUAGCUACUCCUCUGGAUCUCAAUCCGCCUACGUGGCGAAGCCCGCCGUCGCUUCUUACUCCGCUGGACCUGCUGUCAAAUACUCCGCAGCAGCUCCCGCUUACUCUUCCUACUCCGCUGGACCCGCUGUCAAAUACUCCGCAGCAGCUCCCUCUUACUCCUCCUACUCCGCUGGACCUGCUGUCAAAUACUCCGCAGCAGCUCCCUCUUACUCUUCCUACUCCGCUGGACCUUCUGUCAAAUACUCCGCAGCAGCCCCCGCUUACUCUUCCUACUCUGCUGGACCCGCUGUCAAAUACUCCGCGGCUGCCCCAGCUUAUGCUUCAUACUCAGCCGGACCAGCAGUGAAGUACUCAUCUGCUGCUCCUUCCUACUCGAGUUACUCCGCUGGACCCGCCGUCGCUAGCUACUCUUCUGGCGCUUCCUCGUCGUACAGCUCUGGAGCCUCUCACUCAGCUUACUCUGCUGGAGGCUCUUACUCUGGCUACAGUGCAGCUCCCGCUGUGGCUACCUACAGCGCAGGUCCCGCUGUUGCUUCCUACAGCGCAGGUCCCGCUGUUGCUUCCUACAGCUCAGGUCCCGCGGUUUCUUCUUACAGCGCCGGCCCAGCUGUCGCUUCUUACAGCGCAGGUCCCGCUGUAGCUUCAUACAGCGCCGCCCCCGCUAAGGCUGCUUACUCUUCAGGAGCUUCUUACUCCAGCUCGUCCUACGCCGCUCCAGCCCCCGCUCCGGCCAGGUACGCGCCUGCCGCACCCGCCUACCCUGCCCCAGCUUACACCCCCGCUGUUAAGGCCGGUCCUGCCUACGCUGCCAAGCCCAUCGCCGACAAGCAUCACGAAUACUAUGAUGACCACCCAAGAUACGCUUUCGAGUACGGCGUAGAUGACCCCCACACCGGUGACAAGAAGCACCAGUACGAAGAGAGAGACGGUGAAGUAGUCAAGGGACAGUACUCUCUGGUGGAGCCGGACGGCAGUGUGCGAGUUGUUGACUACACAGCUGAUUGGGACAAUGGCUUCCACGCCGUCGUCACCAAAACAACCGACACCAAGAGUCUGCAGCCUGUGCUCAAGUCUUAGACAUCUCAGUCUUUACUUGAUGCCGGGUAGGAGUCGCCGUGCGCCUUCAGUCAAACUAAGCGUUCAAGUUCAAGUCUCCGUUCACCUAGUGGGAAUUCGCAGUGAAUUCUUUUCCUAAGCCAAUUUUUUAUGUUACCAUUUUUUGAAACUAAGUUGAACCAUCCGUUUAUCUUGUGCGAAUACGUAACUAAUUCGUUUCCCAAGUUAAUGUUUGAUGUUACCAUUUUUUUAGGUGGAUCACCUGAGAUCUUUUAGGAUCAUUAAGUAGCCAAUUUGUUUCCAAAGUCAACUUUUGUUAUUUUUUUCAUGGAAUAUAAAUGAGUUACACGGGUUAACCCUUUUUUGUAAGGUGUAUUAUUUUAUAUUGUUUUAUCUUCGCCUUCAGUAAGACCUAUCGUUUAAGUCUCCGUACAUCUUUUGGGAAAACGCUCUACACAACUCAAUGUUUUCUUAUAGUCAAUUUUGAAACCAAUUUUCUAACGUGGAAUACUAUAUACGGGUUAAAGCAUUUGCACGAUGUACAAAAUAUUAUUUAAUCUUUGUUUGCAUCUCCAAUUUUAUUAUUUACUCUUUGUUUUCUAUCUCCCAUUGUUUUCUGUAAUUUUGUGUAUCCUAUUUUCAUUGUAUAAAACCUUGGUCCUUACUUCCUCUUCGUUUCAUCUUGCUAUAUUCUCUUCCCUUCAACCAAUUUUACUUCUCAAUACUAUGUAAUUCUUCUCAUUUUCCUUUCCGCGUAUCAUUUCUAAUUUCCCAACUGCAAACCUUGGAAUUUAUGACCCGUUACCAAAUUUGAACCUGUACGAUUUGGAAAUGUAAAUUGUCGGAUUUAUUCACAAACAAGAGCAAGUGACCGCAUAGCCCCGGUCUCGUUAUCUAACUGACCAAGAAGGAGAAGGAACGGGUUCGCACUCACUUCCUGCCCCAUAAACAAAUGCCACCCUCUGACCACUUCAUAAAUUCCGCUGUAUCAAAUGUCCACUCUCCUAUUACCUCUCGCUAUUACCUCGUUUAUCUCGAGUCGUUAAAAGGUCAAUGUAGAACAUUCUGUUAAAUUACCUCUUGAAUAUUAAUUAUAAAGUAAAAUUGAAGGUCGGAUUGGUGAAAUUAUACCUUAUGAAGUUAAAGCACCUCUCUUAAAAUGAUUCUCUUUGUAGCUUUAUUUUUGCAAAACAUUACCCAACUCUCGGGUUUGACGAUUUUCGCGUACUGCAAUUCCCACGAAUGUGUCAAUUAUUUAAUCCAUUAUCAUUCUCAUUCAUUCAUGUUUUCACCCCUUUGAGCCCUGACGACUCUAACCUGGCAUCGACAAUUCUUGUACAGAACACAAUGUUUCUCUUGUGUUUUUCUAUCUCUCCUUGUAAAAACUUUUUUAACAAGUGUAAAUACUCGGAAGGAUCGCGUCCCGCUACCUUUUAGUUUUAGGGUUUAGUUUUCCAUUUAGAGGUGUCAUCUAAUUACUAUUUCCAUACUUGAAUCUUACCAAGUGCCAUUACGAUCGCAAUUUACCAUUCGAAAUCAAGUUACCAAGUGUUACCGUAGAUUAAGGCACUUUUCUAUAGAACUAGUACAAGUUUGUAUAUAAUGUAACCAAAUGUGAUAUACAUUUACCUUUUCAUUUGGGAGUUUGUACAACGUCAUUUAGUAUUUUUAUAAUAAAAUGUAAUUAUUAUUA